CUUUCUGGUCGAGCUUCUGUGGCCCGAAUGACCCGUACACUCCAGCCUGCAUCACCAGCAGCCCUCUGUUCAGUCACAGCCAGCAAACAAGCAUCAUCAGCAGCCGCGCAAUGUCACUGCACAAUGUCACACAGCCGCUCGUGGCAUCGUCAGCAUCACCAUCUGGUUUCACACCCUCUCAUUACAACGCCUUCCAGAAUCCCACGUGGCACCAUCUCCUUAUGCCACAUCAGCAGCAGCAGCUCCACCCGUUUUCCCCGGAUGCCCCCCCCUCGCUCCUCCACCCAUCCUUCCCCCUUCCCUGGAGCUCCCUAGAGCAGAUAUCAGCGUCGUUCCAAUGGGCUGGCAAAGAAAGCCUGCUGGUGCUGCUCAAGUGUGCGGUCAUGUACGCGGGCCCGCUGCUGCUCUCCCGCUUUGUGGACGUUGCUGUGGGCAAGCAGCUAUUUCAAGGCGAGGGCGUGGCGCUUGUGGCGCUGCUGCUGCUGGCUAAAGCGACAGAAACGGGUGUGGGGCAUCAGUUCAACUUCCAGACACAGGCGCUGGGUCUUGAGAUUCGAGCAGCGCUGGUGGGAGCGCUGUAUCAGAAAGGCUUGCGGCUGUCGAGCAGGGCGAAGCAGCGGCACACAGUGGGCGAGGUGGUGAACUACAUGUCGACAGACGUGCAGCGCCUGGCAGACCUCAUGCUGCAGCUGCACAACGUGUGGGUGCUGCCCCUGCAGAUCGCCAUCGCCCUCGUCAUCCUCUUCCAUGUGGUGGGGGCGAGCAUGGUGGCGGGGUUGGCAGUGAUGGUGGCAGCGCUGCUGCUCAACCUCCUCAUAGCGGUCUCUCUACGCGCCACAGUGGGGAGCAUUCUUAAAGCCAAGGACCGCCGCAUGAAGGCCACAUUUGAGGCGCUUUCCCCUCCUCCCUUGCUCACCUCCCCCACUCCUCCCCUCUCCCCUCUCACCUGCUCCCCUCAUCCCCUCCUCCCCUACCCCACUCCUCCCCUUCUCGCUCCACCCUCCCCUCUUCCCCCCCUCCCAGGUGGUGGGGGCGAGCAUGGUGGCGGGGUGGUGGGGGCGAGCAUGGUGGCGGGGUUGGCAGUGAUGGUGGCAGCGCUGCUGCUCAACCUCCUCAUAGCAGCUUCUCUACGUGCCACAGUGGGGCACAUUCUUAAAGCCAAGGACCGCCGCAUGAAGGCCACGUCGGAGGCGCUCUCCUCCAUGCGGGUCAUCAAGCUGUACGCCUGGCAGCCCUUCUUCGAGAAUCAAAUCAAAUCUCUGCGUGCUGCCGAGGCCAGUUGGCUGGCAAGGCUAACACCUUCCCUCCUUACCACUUCCCUUCCUCCCGCCCUGCUCUCCCUCUCCUCCCGCUUCUCCCUCUCCACCCUCUCCCCCCUCUUUCCCCCAUCCCCCAUCCAACCCUCUCUAGGUGAGAAGGUGGGGAAGAGUGGGAGAGUGGGGAUUGGGGGUUGGGGUGAGUGUGAAGGGGGACAAGGGGGUUCAGCAUUUCUCAUAGUCCCACCUGCCAUGGUGCUCCUGGGUGUUCCGCUCACCCCCGGGGCUGUUUUUACUGCCAUCGCCACCUUCCGCAUCCUACGGGUGAGGGGACUGGGAAGAAGGGGCGAAAAGAGGAGGAGUGGUGGGGAUUGCAGGGUUGGGGGAAUCGAAGGGGGACAGUGGGGGCGGGCAUCAGUACUCGUGCCACUUGUCAAGGAGCCGCUGCGCUCGUUCCCGUCGGUGGUGGCGGCUCUAGCGCAGGCCAUGGUGUCACUCAAGCGAGUCACCACCUUCCUCCUAGAAGAGGAGAUUCAGAGCGAUGCUGUGACUCGCGUGGAUGGCCCGAAGGAAGGGCUGGGGAGUGGGGGACAAGGAAGGGAAGAGAGGAGGGAUGGCGUGAAGGGUGUGGCAAAUGAUGUGGUGGUGCGGGUGCAUAAUGGUGUGUUUAGCUGGGAGGGCGAUGCUAGCAAGCCGACACUGAAUGGAAUCGAGUUGGAGAUUAAAAAGGGGAUGAGGGUGGCUGUGUGUGGAGCGGUGGGGGCAGGCAAGUCGAGCCUGCUGGCGUGCCUGCUAGGGGAGAUGCCCAAGAUAAGAGGCAAGUCGAGCCUGCUGGCGUGCCUGCUAGGGGAGAUGCCCAAGAUAAGAGGCAAGGUCCUCAUAGCAGGCCGCACGGCCUACGUGCCACAAUCCGCAUGGAUCCUGAACGGCACCGUCACCCUGGCGGGCCGCACAGCCUAUGUGCAGCAGUCCGCAUGGAUCCAAAACGCCACAGUGCGCCACCUCUCAUCUCCCACACAACCUACCUUCUCCUCCACCCUGCGCCAAUUCCAGGUCACCCUGGCGGGCCGCACAGCCUAUGUGCCGCAGUCCGCAUGGAUCCAAAACGCCACAGUGCGCGACAACAUUCUUUUCGGGCAGCCCAUGGACCGGGCGCGCUACAGCCGGGUGCUGCAGCAGUGCGCGCUACAGCCGGACCUGGCGCUGCUAGCCCACGGGGACGCCACGCAGAUAGGCGAGAGGGGGGUGAACCUGAGUGGCGGGCAGAAGCAGCGGAUACAACUGGCCCGGGCAAUGUAUGCGGGGGGAGGGGGAACUGAGGCAGGGGGGACUGGGGGAGGGGGGACUGGGGGAGGGGGAAUGGGAGGAGGGGAAACGAGGGAAGGGGGGCCUGAGGGAGGCAUGCGAGAUGGAGAAGCAGGAGGGAAGCACGGGGAGAGGGCGGAUGGAACCGGGGUUGCGGAGGAGCAAGGAGGAGUGGACGGGCAAGGGGGUGAUGCGGAGGUGUUUCUAUUGGAUGAUCCGUUCAGUGCCGUUGAUGCUCACACGGGCUCGCAGCUCUUCACUGAGUGUGUGCUGCGGGGCCUGGCGGGGAAGACUGUCGUUCUGGUGACACACCAAGUGGACUUCCUGCCCGCUAUGGACCUCAUUCUGGUGAUGAAAGAAGGGAGCAUCCUGCAGAGUGGGCGGUAUGAGGACCUGCUGGCACAGGGAACGGACUUCUCCUCCCUCGUGGACGCUCACACCGAUGCCAUGCACUCCCUUGCUGCCACCACCACCACCACCACCGCUGGUCCCGCUGCUGCUGCUGCUGCUAGUGCUGCUGGUGAUGGUGAUGCUGCUGCUGCUGCUGCUGCUGCUGCUGCUGCUAAAUAUGCCUCAUCUGCUGUUAAAGCUGCACCUGCCUCUGCGGAUGCAGGUUCUCCUACUCCCUCCCCCUCCUCCUCUGCUCCGCUCACCCAUCCCUCGUCCAUUUAUUCUGCUUCAUCUGACGUGGGGCGAGCCUCACGAGGCGAUCGAGGCAAAGGGAAGCAGGAAGAGUGUGCAGAAGUGAGGGUGGUCGAGAGGCAGGAGGACGAGGAAACAGGCACAGGGCAGAAGCACAGCAGCGGGAAUGGUAACAGCAGCAGAAAGAGCAGCACUAGCAGGCGCAAGAACAAGGAGAGUGGUACGAAGGCGAGAACGGGCCAGCUAAUUAGCGAGGAGGAAAGGUCAUCGGGACGCGUGGCAUUUGCUGUGUACUGGGCGUAUCUCACCACAGCCCUUGGAUGCUGGCCCAUCCCUGCACUCCUAUUGGUCCAGAUCCUCUGGCAGGCGCUGCAGAUCGGCUCUGAUUGGUGGCUUGCCACCUACACAUCCUCCUCCUCCUCAUCUUCCUCUUCCUUUUCCUUCUCCUCCUCCUUCUCCUCCUCCUCCCCCCCUUCCACCACCAUUCCCUCUUCUCUAAUCCCCUUCUCUGUCACCACUUCCUCCUCCCCCAUCGAUCUGCUAGCUCCAUCCAUCUCCCCGGUGGGCUUUCUGCGGGUGUACGUGCUGUUGGCACUGGGCAGUGUGCUCUUUGUGCUGCUGCGCACGGUGGCAGUCUCCUGGAUGGGGUGGGAGACAGCGCAGGCGCUAUUUGCCCGCAUGCUGCACGCUGUCUUUCGGGCGCCCAUGAGCUUCUUUGACUCCACUCCUGCAGGAAGAGUGCUUUCCCGGGCGUCAACAGACCAGGCAACAGUGGAUCUAGACCUCCCAUUCCGCUUUGGCACGGUCCUCUCUCUUCUCUUCCAGCUGCUCGGCAUCCUCUCAGUCACCUCCUUCAUCACCUGGCCUGUGCUCUUUGCUAUAGUGCCCCUUGCCUACUUCUACUUCUCUUAUCAGGUAAGCAACCAGUUCCCUCUGCUCAUUCUCGGAACAGGUAACCGCUUGCUGCUCUUGCUUGUGUGUGUCUCUCUCUCUCUCUCUCUCUCUCUCUCUCUCUCUCUCUCUCUCUCUCUCUCUCUCUCUCUCUCUCUCUCUCUCUCUCACUUCUCCCACCUGCUCCGUACAACUCCGUCUUCUGCCCUGACAUUCAACCCAUUCACUGCAUGCCACGUGUCCCUCCCUAUCCGCCAGGAGUACUACCUGACCACGUCUAGGGAGCUCUCUCGACUGGAUGGCAUCACCAAGUCGCCCAUCAUCGAGCACUUCAGCGAGUCGCUAGCCGGAGCAGCGGUGAUCCGGGCCUUUGGUGAAGAAUCUCGGUUCGCACGCACGAGUGCAGCACGGGUGGACAGCAACACACGCGUGGCGUUCUGCAGCAGAGGCGCCGUGGAGUGGCUGGGUUUCCGCCUCGAGCUGCUGGGCUCGCUGCUGCUCUGCUUCUCUGCGCUCAUGCUCACGCUACUACCACCUUCAGUGGUGUCACCAGGCCUAGCAGGCAUGUCCCUCUCCUACGGCCUUGCGCUCUCGCAAGCGCUCUUCUUCGUGGUGUGGGCGUGGUGCUCCCUGGAGAACCAGAUGGUGUCAGUGGAGCGAAUCCUCCACUUCUCCCACCCCGCCGUGCCCUCGGAAGCCCCUCUUGUUAUCGCCAACCACCGUCCACGGCCCGAUUGGCCGAACAAGGGGCGAGUGGAGUUUCAGGAUCUUCAGGUCCAGUACCGGCCAGACCUGCCAAUGGUGCUGAAGGGCGUGACUCUGAACAUCCCAGGCGGGCACAAGGUCGGCAUUGUGGGCCGCACCGGCAGCGGCAAGUCAACGCUCGUCGCCGCUCUCUUCCGAUUGGUCGAGCCGGCGGGCGGCAGGGUGGUGAUUGAUGACGUGGACAUUGGGAGCAUCGGAUUGGGCGACCUGAGGGGGCGGCUGGCGAUCAUACCACAAGACCCGACUCUGUUCCAGGGGUCGAUCCGAAUGAACUUAGACCCUGCACGAGAAUACAGUGACGCUCAGAUAUGGGAGGCACUGGAUCGAUGUCAGCUGGGGGACACUGUGAAGGGCAUGGAGGCAAAGCUGGAUGCCCAGGUGGUGGAGGGAGGGGAGAACUGGAGCGUGGGGCAGAGGCAGCUGUUCUGCCUUGGCCGGGCGCUGCUGAAGAACUCGCAGAUUCUAGUGCUGGACGAAGCCACGGCGUCCGUUGAUUCCGCCACCGACGUGGCGAUCCAACGGACAAUAAAGGAGAGCUUUGGCGGGGCGACGAUCAUCAGCAUCGCGCACCGGAUCGCGACGGUCAUUGACAGUGACUUGGUGGUGGUGAUGGAUGGAGGAACCGUGGCGGAGUGCAACUCACCAGCUGAGCUCAUGCGUGACCCUGAUUCAAUGUUUUCUCGCCUUGUGGCGGAGUAUGCAGUCCGAUCAUCCGGCCUUGCAGACAUUGCAAAGAGCCUAUCGCUUGAGAGCCUUGCCAAUGCUGCUCUUUCAUGA